CGGCAGGAGCAGGAGAAGCAGGAGGAGCAGAAGGAGCAAAUGGAGCUAGAGGAGCGGCAAGAACGACAGGAGUGAGAGGAGCGGCAGGAGCAGGAGAAGCAGGAGGAGCAGAAGGAGCAAAUGGAGCUAGAGGAGCGGCAAGAACGACAGGAGUGAGAGGAGCGGCAGGAGCAGGAGAAGCAGGAGGAGCAGAAGGAGCAAAUGGAGCUAGAGGAGCGGCAAGAACGACAGGAGUGAGAGGAGCGGCAGGAGCAGGAGAAGCAGGAGGAGCAGAAGGAGCAAAUGGAGCUAGAGGAGCGGCAAGAACGACAGGAGUGAGAGGAGCGGCAGGAGCAGGAGAAGCAGGAGGAGCAGAAGGAGCAAAUGGAGCUAGAGGAGCGGCAAGAACGACAGGAGUGAGAGGAGCGGCAGGAGCAGGAGAAGCAGGAGGAGCAGAAGGAGCAAAUGGAGCUAGAGGAGCGGCAAGAACGACAGGAGUGAGAGGAGCGGCAGGAGCAAGAUGAGCGGCAGGAGCGAGAGGAGCG